UCUCGUCCACCUGUCCUUUGUAUAUGUAACAGUAGAAUAGUUUUUUUUUUUUGAUUCGUAACUGCAGGAAGCAAAACAUAAAAAAAAAUGUCAAGAAAAUUUAUGGAAGCACUUUUUCUAUUUAGAAAUAGAAGAUAUGAAGAAAGUAUUGUAUUAUGUACGGAAAUUUUAAAAGAAACACCUCUCGAUAAGGCAACUUGGGUUUUAAAAAUGCGAGCUUUAACAUUAUUAGUUUAUGUGGACGAUAUUGAAGCUGAGGAAGAAGGAAUUGCGGAUUCUGUUUUAGAUAAUCCUGCAGUUGCCACAGCUCCUAGGCCAGGAACUUCUUUGAGAAAUCCAGGAACUGCAAUUCCCGGUCAAGCAUUUCGGCCAAGAACUACAACUGGAAGACCUCUUACUGGAGUAAUUCGUCCCGGAACUCAAUCGGGAUCGGCACAAAAUCUCGAACAGGCUUUACAAACACCUAGAACUUCAAUGUCAGCAAAACCAAUUACUGCCAGUUCGGGGCUUAAUAUCAGACUUGGAACUGCCUCAAUGUUAAGUGAACCUGGCGGUCCAUUUAUUCAAUUAUCUCGGCUUAAUAUACCAAAACAUGCCAAAGAUAUAACAGUUGCUAAACCUUUAUUUGAAUAUAUUUACUAUCACGAGCGUGAGCCAACAAUUGCUCUUGAUUUGGCGGUGAAUGCAAAUAAUUUCAAAGAAUCAAAAGACUGGUAUUGGAAAGUGGCAAUGGGAAAAUGUUAUUAUAUUCUUGGCUUGACGAGAGAUGCCGAACAACAAUUUCGUUCAGCAUUAAAAGAUUAUAAACACAUUGAGACACUUCUUCGAUUAAUAAGAAUUUAUAUAAGACUCGAUCAACCAUUGGCUGCAUUGGAUACAUGCAAAGCGGGAUUGGAAUAUUUUCCAAAAGAUGUUUCAAUAUUAACAGAAAUGGCUCGUCUUUAUGAAGGCUUAAAUAAUUCAUCAUUGUCAAUAAAAUAUUAUAAAACAAUAAUUCAAGAAGACGCUUCUGAUCCAGAGGCUAUUGCAAGUAUUGGAAUGCAUUAUUUUUACAAUGAUCAACCGGAAGUAGCACUUCGAUUUUACAGGAGGCUUCUUCAAAUUGGUGUCUAUAAUACCGAGCUUUUUAAUAAUUUGGGUCUUUGUUGUUUUUAUUCACAACAAUUUGAUCAUACAAUUUCCUGUUUCGAGAGAGCUAUUAAUCUUGCAACUGAAGAAACAAUAGCCGAUGUUUGGUACAACAUUUCUCACGUUGCAAUAUCAAUUGGAGAUUUAGAAAUGGCUGACGAAAGUUUGAGAUUGGCAAUAAAUGCCGACAAUAGACAUGCAUUGGCCUUUAACAAUCUUGGGGUUUUGGAAAUUAAAAAAGGACAUUUAACUGCCGCUGGAACAUAUUUUCACGCGGCUGCAAAUAUUGGUACAUUUUCAUAUGAACCAAAUUUCAAUUCAGCGUAUCUCGCCUUCGAAACAGGAGAUCUUCAAACGAGUUUUAAUUAUGUGAAAAAAUCGUUGAAAGCCUAUCCAGAUCAUCGUGACAGUCAGGAACUUCUUAAAAAAUUAAAGAGAUAUUUUGCAUACAUUUAAAAAAAAAAAAAUUUUUGUUUACUGAAAAUAAUUUUUUUUUUUUUAUGGUAAUACUUUAUUUGACAUUCAAUUCGAUUUUAUACACACAAUAUGUACAAUAUAAAAUAAUGGUAAAAAUUUGGAAUUGCUUUUUGAGAGAAAGAGAGAGAGACCUUCCACGAAUUUUAUGAUUAUGGACCGUAUUUUCACAGCCAUUUUUGUUAAAUGGAAAACAAGACAACAAAAUUUCAUCAGUUUGUACUGUAAUUUUUUUUUUUUUAUAUAAAUAUGUAAAUAUAUAUAUAUUAUAUAAAAUAAACAAAAAUCUUGCUUAGAAAAUGGACUCAUUGACAAUAUAUAAAAAUGGAGAAAUUCGUAAUAAAAAUUACAGUAUCAAAUUCUAAGCUAAAUUGAGAGUAAAUUAAAGAAAAAAUGUUUUUGAAUACUUUUAAAUAGAAAGAAA